GUGGCCUGGUGAGCGUGCAGUAAUAUCCAACAUGGCUGCGGAGUUGUGAGUGCCCUCGGCCCAGCGCAGGAGAAACCAUGUCCUAGUGAGGAGUAUUAUGGCCGAUGUUGGCGACAAGGCAAAGAAUAAGAAGAAGAUAAGGAAAGUGUUGAUGAAGGUUAUUUUAGGUGCAUUCUAGUGCAUUCGAUCAUUGAUGUCAAUCACACUGUGACCCAACCUACUGUAUUAAAUCAGUUGAUGUACGUCGCAGCCUCAGGGUUAAGAAUACAGUAGAGUGACGUGUGUGUUCUGGUGCUACUCUGAAGCAGAGACAGUUACGUGUGGCAUGCAGUGUCAAGCCUACAGUAUCACACCUGAUAGGGAGUACGAAACUUUUCUGUCUGACAACAUGCGAGCACCUGUGAUCCAGGUGUUGGGCAAGCCGCCCCAUGACUACAAGGGGGGAUCCAGCAACUACAGUCACUAUGACCAUUCCCAUCACACUCACAAUUGGGAGAAGCGGGGUGUGGGGCGGUACCAUGAUGACUGGGAGAAAAGGGGAAGUUACAGUGGUAGUGGAGGCACAGGUGGUGUACUCCGGAUCAAUGAGGGGACAAGGAAUGCCAUAUUCUUAGGGGAUGCUGGACGCCCACCUGGACGAAUAAUGGAUGGUGACGGGGUUGAAGGAGAAAGCUCUCAAAAUACUGGUGUCGGGACACCAACACCAGUCAUACUCUCUCGUGCUCGUAGCAACAGUGAGCAGCGUUCCACUUCACCAAAUCCUACCAUAAUUACUGCUAGGAAGGACUCAGCCCCUACUGUGAGCCCUGGAUCUACUUCAUCUAACCAACAAUACCAAAUAGCAUCAAAGCCUCUUAUGAUGGAAGCUUCCCUCACUCCAGAGAGGGUUAUGAAGGGCCCAGCGCGUCUGUUGGACGAGUCUCUCAGUCUGUGCGACGACCUCAGCCCAUACCUGCUGGACCAAAGCAAUUUUCUGGUUGUGGCAAUGAUGGGGAUGCAAGGGGUUGGAAAAUCUGCUUUGGCUUCUCUCUUUGUUGAUUCCAGUGUAGAUGUUCAAAAGAUCAGGUCAUGCAUGUUCCGACCAGAAAGCCUUGAACAGAUAAUUUCAGGCUGCCAUGGAACCAAUGGAAUUGAUGUUUACAUAACAAAUGAACGCCUUAUUGUUUUGGACUGUCAGCCGCUCCUCUCUCCAUCCAUCAUGGAUCGCCUCAUCACACAGGAGAAGAAGUUUACAUCAGAUUACAACUCAACAGAGAACCUUAUGGAAGUGGAGUCACUGCAGGUGCUGACACUAGUAAUGAGUAUUGCACAUGUGGUCAUCAUGGUUCAAGAUAGUGCUGCAGAUCCUAAUCUUAUUCGUCUCCUUCAAACAUGUGAGAUGAUGAAACCCUCCUCCUCUUCCACACCAUCUUGCUCAUCUUCCAAUGCUUCAUCACCAUCAGUCAGUGAAGAUACCCAGCAGUAUUUCCCUCACGUGGUCUUCGUUCAUAACCGAGCUCCGCCACAUCACUUCACACCUGCAACUUUGAAAAAAUUGCAAGGAGUGUAUCAGGAGGCAUUUUCGGGGUCUUGCUUGGAGAGCGAGAGUCGUGUGGGCAUCUGUAAUAGCUUGACCUACACUCCCCUGGCACAGACCUCUUGUGGCAGUCUUGUGAACCUCUUCCUGUUGCCAGAUUUUCAUAAUCAGCAUCAUAGUGCUGUAACUUUCGCUGAGGCUCUGAGUGAAAUGAGGCGCCAGCUGUUGAGUGUGCGACGUUUACCCCUCACCCAUCUUACUCUUACUGAAAAGUCCUGGUAUCAAUAUGUGUGCCGCACAUGGGAGAGUGUGCGCAAAUGGAGCCUCUUCGUGGAGUACAGCCGCCUGCUGCCUUGAGCGGUGCUGGUGCAUGUAACUGGACAUCUCCUGCCUGGCAUUACCACCCUAGCUAUGUGGGUGUUGUGCUGCUAGUGACGCCUGGCGCCAAUCACCGCCCUGCUCUGCUUCCCUCAUGGGACUGUCACAGCUGGCCGGCCCCGUCCUGCUCUUGACCCUCCCUGCCCUCCACACCUCACCUGAUGUGGGCAUGGGUAAUCAUUCUGAGAGGGUUGGUGUACACGUGGGCACUGUGCCCAGCUGUGGAAGUGGCACUGCGUCGUAUGUUGUUUGGAGCUACAACCCUUGGCCAGUGCCUAGGGGGGGGUUAGUAUUGAUGAGACCUGGCUGCCGUGUUGGGUCACCCAAGGUCGCAAGGUGUUUUUUGUGUGAACUUGCCCAUUACAGUUGUGCAUGACUAAUAAUCAUUACUUAUAAUAUCACAAUUCUGUCGAUGUGUUAUGAGCUCUCCAGUUAGAGGAAGUACUACUUCAUUUGACUUUGCAUUUAAUGAGUCAUUGAAAUAGGAAGGCAGGCAAUUGCAGCAGCAUUCAUAAGAGAUGAUGCAUUAAUGUAAUGGGUGAGAGUCACAACAGAAACUACUGUAUCUACAUCCAUGACCCUCCUGAAAUGGGUCUAACUUUCGGUAAAUCACAUUGUUUAACGUAACAAGUGUGGGCCAAACUCCACCAUAUCAUGAUAUCGCUCAUGCUGUCUUUAUUUGAUUUGAUUUCAUCCUAUACAGAAAAUAUUGUAUAAUUGAUUCAGUUAAUUCAUUAUUUUAUAAAAAAAAUUGGUAAGUGAUAUUAAUUUUGUUAAUACUGAAUUUUUAAUCACUAUUUCACUUAUGAACAACUAGAAUUUUAAGCAAAUUUUGUGAUUUCUUAGUGAACCACCUUUUGCAGUAUAUCACAUGAUAUGAUUUAAUCAAGUAAUGAUUAAAAAUUCAGUACUGUUUUUCUUACGUAUGACUCAGUGCAGUAAUUCUUGUUGCGUAUUAUAAUCGGUGUCACACGAUGGGAAUUUCUAGAGUGCUGAUAGGAAUUUCAGCAAUUGAUAAAAAUUGGUAUAGUUUUCUUUCAGAAAAUUUAAGUCAAAUGCAUAAUUUACUCUUAAUGAUUUAACGUUGUGAAAGACCCUUGUGCUUGUGAGAGUUCAUCAGACGAGUCAAAGGUUAACUUUCACAUUCUCAGAUGAAUAUUUAUUCAUUUAGUUCAUAAUCCUCAUUCAAGUACAUGCAUAAUUUCAUCUUGGCUGUAAGAGGAUUGCCACAAAAAUUAUUCACCAUUCCCCAAUGAUGACAAAAGUAAGAUAUUCAAGACUGUUUGCUACCAGUGUGUGCUUCGUGUUAUGAUAAAAAUUACUUGCAUGUAAUACUACAUGUGGCAUACAAUAAUGUCAAGAUCAUCAUCAUAUUUCACUGGCUUUUUUUACUCUUCUCGUAUGAGAGAAGGUGUUAAACCAAUAACUAACAAAAUAGAAACAUUCAGUGUAACGAGAGCUAUACAAAACAGGCCAAUAAUCAGGGAUGAAGGGUUGACCCCAUUUUGAACUUUUGAAUAUUGUGUAAUACCACAUAUACAUGUCAUUCAGGAGAGGUUAGCUUUUCUAGAUAAAAGCCCAGGAAAAUACCAUCUUCAAUAGACUGUACUCCCUGGUCCCUUGCCUGGGGCUCUGCACCUGAUCCCUGCUAGGGGCCUCGGGUAGCCCCCCAGACCCCUUGCCUCAGGGUCAGUGCAUACCACUGCCCUCCUGAGACUUUCCUUCAUAAAACUGGUUAUGGGUCUGUUUUGAGUCUGCAAUGUUAAUCAUUCUUGAUCUAAUAUAUUUCAUAAAAAUGGGUUAUUUUGACAUGUAUCAAUUUGUAAUUGGUUAAAAUAAAUUUUCUCAUAGGUUUAUGCCCUCUGGAGGAUUUGAAUCCUAUUGCAAGGACUUUAGAGAAUGUGUUACAGGUGUUGGGGCGAUGACUUAAAAUAAUAAUCUAUCACUGUUAAUGCCGAGAAAAAGACGAGAUGAAAUUUGAGAAUUAGCAAGUGACCUGCAUGUUUGCCUGAAUGUGCAUAAAUAAGGAUAUCAUAGUGAAUUUUAUAUGAAUUAAACAUAUGGGAAGAA